AUGAUGCCCAGAGAGUCGCCAGAACGCUCAUUUGAUUGGACGGAUCCAUCAACCCCUGUUGCGGAACUGUCGCUGGGACCUGACACCCACAACACUUGCGUGGCGAAUCUGGGAGCAAGAUGGUUUAGAUUAGCGGACAGUGUCACAACUGUAGUGUACCGUGUCCUGUCAGAACGCAUACGAAGGCUGAACGCGGAAAUACAUACUGCGGCUUCAGUGUAUGGGUACUUCGUUUUUGCCAGCUCAGUGGCGCCUCUAAAGGAUCCUCCUGGAAAACAAAGCAUUGGGAGAAAGCGGGGGCCUCGUGAGGAGGCCACGACAGAACCUGAUGCCCAUGACAAGCGGUCGGGGGUGAAGCCACGCGUUGAAACGCAGGCGAGUCAGUCAGUAGAUCCUUGGGGGAAUCUGCGUAGGAGGUUAUCGUGGCUUCUGUGCUUUUCUUUCACAGGGCUAAAGCACGCAACUAGAAUUUCCGCAACAGCAGCAGUUUGGGCGGUCAUCGUGCUGCUUUCUAGAAAGAGCUCUGCCCAGCUCGUCGUUGAUGGCAUGGGGAUAUUUAUAUUUAUCUUAGUAGCGAGCUGCGCCGUCGUAUGGGGCCAUCUAGAAUUCACAGUGCGUCGCUCUUCAAAAAGAAUCUACCAGCUGCUUGCUGAUUUUGAUCUUCAGCACAAGCUAUCAGGAGAAAUAGUGAGAUGGAUACAAGAACUUGAAGCCACCCUUAAGGCUUUUCCAGAUAUCCGUGGAAAGCGGGAUCAGUCAGUUGCUGGCGCUUCCCCAUCUGGAUCACCAUGCACUGAUAGCCACGGCCAAGCAUGUGACUGUUUUUCAGAGCAGCGUUACGAAGUCUCCGUCAUUGGCCCGCCCCACUGGGGAAACAUUCCUUGCCAAAACGGGAGGGUAAGCGGACCAGAAUGGGGGCAGUUGCCGCCCGAUGGCUUACAGAUGGAGCCGUGUGCGUGGCACUUGAGAAUGCGCCUGUACCAGGUGCUGGACUGGCAGCAGCGUAUUUUCUGCUACCUAUACGAAGACAUUAUUAGGGGGGAACCACGCACUCGCCCUGCCUGGAAAUGCCGAAUGUCUCAAGGGCCCUGGAGACAUGCUGAGCAAAGCUGUUCUGGUAGCUGUCAGUUUGACGGCAGCCUUCGGGUUCUUAAAGAAAUGACUUCCAGAAGCUGGAUUUUGCACUCGAGGCUUCUAGGAGGCAUUCAGGUGGCAUUGAGGCAUAUUCUGUUCUCACUGAGCACACAACUCUUGAGGUCUGAUUUCGCUUUGACACGGAAAUACGGCAGCGAUGCGCGGGCAUUUUCCUCUAUUCCAAAAGGGAUGUUGACCCAUCAUUCGAGCCGCUUCCUGAAGCAGGCACUCCUAAAAGCACAGCAGCACCACUCAGCGAACGGUUGCAGCAGAUCGUUACGUGAAGAAAUAGAUAUGGCAGCAGGGGUGCGAGGCCAAGGAGAAAGGGAUACUCAAAUCCUUAAAGGCUUCCUUCUGAAUCGUUGCGGCAGCAGCUGCACUUCUUGUUCAACGACCAGCGGGAAAAGGCAGAAAAGAGUGCAACAGUCCACCACAUCAACUACUACAGUGGCUGAGAAAGGGGCAUCUGGCCACCAAGAGCAAUUUGCUUGGGUUUGGAUCAUGCGUAAUGCUUUAGUUGUUGGGUUAUUCAGUGUGUGCACUGUCUUCGAAGCAGUAGUUGACGGAAUACGAGCGUUAUGGUGGCUUUUUAGCCGGAUUCACCGGCUUGGUGUUGCACUAUCUGCUGCUGGCCAGGUAGCUGCAGAAACAGCGAACGCUUUGCGUUUGAUUCUAGAGGAAGACUGGGCAUCAUCUCCUUUUUCCUCCCAGCCUCGCUGGGGUGGACGGAUGGGCAAGGGGGGGGAGGUGCCGGACAAACGUACGGACGUCGUUGGGAAGAGCCUUCAGGUGACCCACUGCUCUGUGUUUCCUCCCACCUCCUCCUCCCAAUAUUCGGCUACUUUGCUUAAGAAUGCACCCGAGAAGCACCGGUCUGCUUUGGCGUCGAUGAGCCGCAACGUUGGUGCAUCUCUUGCUCUCCUACGACUUCCUGCAGCAGACUACAGUUGCCACUUUAAACGCCAAGGGGGUGACCUAUCUGUACAGGGAGAACAUAGGACUGCCUGCGAUUCGGACAGGUGCAGUGUGGACUCAGGGAGCAGUGUUCUUCUGCCCCAGACGAACCAGCUCACCGUACCAGAGGAGAGGCAGGAAGCAGCAGAUGCGGAGGUGCUUCGCUUGUUACAUCUGAUACUUCGACACUUGCGGGUGGCAUUCGAGGAGGGGGAAAAACUGGAGAAGGCACUUUGGUCAAGGGGAGAGCAGUUUGCAGGCAUUAGAACCUCCGACACCGCGAGGACUUCAGAAGUCGCCCCAGUUCAGCCACUGGAAAGGACGACGGCCACUGACGAGACAGAACAACAGCUGCAACCAACCGUUGCUGAGUCUGUGCAGUGCCUCGAGGUAUAUACAGCUGUGGGGCAGGAUUCUGUCACCAGUAGACUGAGAUAUAAAGAAGAAGAACGACUAAAGGAAGCCUUUGCUGAGGAUGAUCCAGCAGUGCGCGAGCGCAGCCAAAUUACUUUAAGGGAGCUGGAGCUGAGCCUGAAAAGGAAGGAGAAGGAACGACAAUGCUUUCCUCGCGUGUUGAAGGAACUUUCGGUAAUUGAUUCCGGUCACGCAGAUGGGUCAGACUACGGGGAAGCAGAAGAAAGGGCAAUUGUGCGUGUUGUGACAGAAAGCAGCAGAGAAGUGGGCCACUUUUCUGCAGCAAAAUCUUCCCCUAGAGUCCCGACUUUUACUUUGGGGGAACAAGACGUCCAGGAGAAGGCGACCUCUCUCUCUAAUAAAAUUGGUACGGGCGGUGAUGCGAAUGCGAAGAACGUAGCUUAUCAGGGUUUUUCUGACUUCUCGCCGCUGCAUGGAGAGAACACCGUCCUUGAGGCAGUAAGCGAGCCGGAAGAAACGCGCAGUUUGCGAGAUGUAGAGACCCUCGACAACGAACAGGUAGCAUUUCGAACGCGCCAAGAGAAACUUAAGGGCUGUUGUGCAGGAAGCGUCUCCUUGUCGCCUGAGGCUCUGGCGACUCAGUCCCUAAUGUCACAGCUAAGCGGUGUUCUCCAGCGGCAAAAGAGACCAUCCUCGGAAGGACAUAAUUUGCUGUCCUCCAGAGCAGCAUUGUUAGGGACACCUCUGGCAUCUAGCAACUCAGGUACUUUCGGCGACAGCUUGGCAGACGAAGAGUGGAGCGCAUGCGAUGUUGUUGAAGGGCCGAGCUGUGCAGCAGAAGUUCCAACCUGGGUGGCAGCACCCUCUGAUUUGGGAGACAGUGGAGUUGAUAGUUUGAAUGUACAAAGGGAAAGCUGCGUGUAG